AUGAUGUUUGAUGGCAACAACCGUGCUCAGGUGUUCUUCAAGCAACAUGGAUGCACAGACGGUGGAAAAAUCAAAGCUAAGUACACUUCAAGAGCUGCUGAUUUGUAUAGGGAGAUUCUUGCUAAAGAAGUUGCUAAAGCCAUUGCAGAGGAUACUACUAUUGCUCUGCCUGAAGAAUCUACUGUCAAGGAAGAGUUACCUCCUAGAGAAACUUCUGCUGUGCUACAGCUGUGCCUAGUACGUUUUAAGAGACCUAUUGGUGCUAAAAGGACAACGAGCAAAACUGGUGGUCUUUGUGCAAGGAAGCUUACUUCGAAGAAACCUGAAGAAGUUGCACCGGUUAUUCCUGCUGCUGCAUCAGCUGGUUCAUCGUAUGCCUCUGAGUUUGAGUACAAUGACGGCUUGCAAUCCGGAGGACAAAGCAGUGGUGGUGGUGGUCCAAACGCAAAGUCCAUCUCUUCUGCUCAGUAUUUUGGUGAUCAGAACAAAAACGCUGAUCUUGAAUCCAAAGCUACUCUUCAGAAGUUUUCAGGCUCAAUAUCUAUCUCAAGUGCUGAUUUUUUCGGUCAUGACCAAGAUGAUUCCAGUGUUGAUAUAACUGCUAGUGAUCUCAUUAACCGACUUUCUUUCCAGGCACAACAAAAUCUCUCGUCGAUAGUGAACAUAGCAGGCGAAACGAAGAAGCUUGGAACUUUGGCCUCUGGUAUCUUCAGUGAUCUUCAGAACAGAAUGUUGUAA